AUGUCGAUCCUUCAUACUGCGGACUUCCGCCAGUCCCAACCGGCACGUAAGCUGGCCCUGGAGUCCGCCCAACAUGUUAUCGAAAUGCCACUGGCGAAAGACGAUUCUUUCGAGUACAUCAUCUCAACGCGCGACGACGAGAUGCUGGAGCUUCAGCCCUCACUCCAAUCUGGAACUAAUAAAUAUAACUCCCACUUCUUGAUCAGAGAACUCGAGACCUCUUUGCCGCCCUCCACCGCUGAUCCGGAGCCUGAGCCGCCGCUGCCGAGGUUCGUCAUUCAGCUUGGGCAUCUCUACUUCAAGGAUCUGGCGGGCGAGAUGCCGGAUUACUUGCAGAGAUCCAGCUUUGUCGCUAUGAUCGACCCCACGACGCCGCGGAAGUCGCUGUGGCUCUUUCACGACUACCACCCGUGGACCGAGAUGGGUGAUCGGAUUAACAUGAGCCCUGGACACGACCGUUGGGAUGUGUUUCCGGAUGUGGAGUUGGAAUUUGAUGCUGCCCAGCUUAUCCCUGACGUGCGUGAUUGGAACGAGGGAUUGACGAUGAAGACGCUAGAGGAUUGCGUCCGGAUAACAUGUCGGAUUGUGAAGCCUGUAGUAAGAGUCGCCAGAACUGUGGAUGUGGAUGAAGCACUUGCUGAGGGAUGGGGGAACUAA